UAAAUAAAUUCAGCAGUUAACUUUUCGUUAUUUCUUAUUUCAGACUGAGAUUUCCAUCGUCUAGCAGUUUACUGCGUGCUUACGUCUUGUAUAUUUGUGUUCUUAUUACUUGAAUAUUGUAAAAUUAAUUUCUAUUUAAUUUUUAAAGUAGUGUAGGUGAGUCUACGUAAUUUAUAUAAACAAAAACAGAGUUUGUUAAAAUCAUGGCAGCUCGUCCGACUAAAUCAUAUGGUAAAAAGAAGUAUAACUUUAGGGACAAUCGUUUUAAUCUUCAACCAGAUAUGAAAGGAUUUUUAUGCACGUGCAAUUAUGGUGAAAAAGAUUGUCAGAAGGAAGCGAUAAAUUUGUUAAGAGAAUACAGCGAAGAAAAAGACAUUUCAUCCAAAGAUACAAUUAGUACUGUAGAGGAAUCUGGAGAAAUAAUGGACUCAUUAGAUGCCGAAUUGGAAAGCUUGUCCAAAAAAGAUAAUGCUGAUUGGAAAAAGUUCACACCGUCAGCUACAGGUGUAGGAAACUGUCUUUUCAUCAGCACCACAUUUGAAGAUCCGUGUGACCUUAUGUAUAAAAUACUCGAAGACAUAGAAAGAACAAAAGUACAAAAGACAAAAUUUCUUUUGCGCAUGCUUCCAAUUUUGGUUACUUGUAAAGCUAACAUAACAUCCAUAGCAUCAGCCUGUACCAGUUUAUUACCUAAAUAUUUUUCUACAGAACCAACAACAUUUGCAAUUAUGUUCAAUCACAGGUACAACAAUUCAGUGCCACGUGAUAAGGUAAUUGAAGAAUUGGCCAAUCAAGUGGUUAGUUUUGGACAGCAUACUGUGGAUUUAUCUGGUGGAGCUAAAAUGACUAUUAUUGUUGAGGUGGUUAAGUCUGUUUGCUGUUUGUCAGUAGUUAGAGAUUAUGGUCGCUUCUGCAAAUUUAAUCUACUCUCUGUCUGUGGUCGACCUGAAAAAAGAACAGUAGAAGGUGAAAAUGGUGACAUUGAAAAAAGUUCUUCGCCUAAAAUUAAAAAGGAAGAGGAAAACAACCAAGUAAAAGAAAAUAAUGAAGUGGAAAAAACGCCAAAGACAGAGAGUGAACCAAGGGAGGAAAUUACUGAAACAUCUGAAAAUUAAAUAGCUUUAUUAUUUAUAUUCAUUUMCUUAUUGAAAUGUAUGUAAGCUAAUAUUGUUAAGAAGUUAAAUAACAUUUUCUUUUAUAAAUUUUUUUUUUUAUAUGGUUAAAWUGUAU